GAGCACCCUUUCAAUUGAACUUAACGAAAAGAGGGCUUCACAUUUAACAACGACCAUGGCGGCGACAUCCAAGUCAGAGAGGGCAUAUAUUCAAUCUGCACUACAUGCAAGCCCGCCUCUUCGAGCAGAUGGUCGCUCUCUGCAAGAUUUUCGAAAUGUGUUACUCGAAACUGGUGUCUCUCCACUAGCCAAUGGUAGUGCACGUUUAAACAUUGGCAAGAACCCGGAGGAAGGUGGCGGAGGUACUGAAGUUCUCGCAGCUACCAAACUCGAGGUUGAGGACAUUGAGACCGGUGAUGGCGUGGAAGGAGGUCGACUAAUCUGCACCGUGACAUGUUCACCAGCUGCCUAUCCUCAACUUUCUAUGAACGCAUUGGAUGACCUGCAGUACGAUUAUACCACCGUCUUGCACCAAAUUUUAUCGCACCCUUCACUCCAUCCGAAGAACCUCGGCAUCAUACCGCGAAGAAAAUCAUGGCUUCUUAACUUGGACCUUGUCAUCCUGUCAGAUGCAGGCAAUACGUACGAUGCUAUGUUUUUGGCUGCUCGUGCGGCUCUGUGGGAUACCAAAGUACCAAUUACGAGAGCAGUGCAAUACCAAGCGAGGACGGUCGGUGAGACCCUUAGGGCUGUGGAGGAAUCUAUGGACGUAGAAGGGGUAUCUCCGAGCGGGUUUGAUACCAGACAGAUCCCAGUAGCUGCAGACUUUGAGUUGCCAGAUUACUGGGACGAAGGCGAGCCUCUGGAAGGCAGAGACUUGUGGCCGGUUUGUAUCACGCUCAAUGUACAUGAAGCUGUCCAUUUUCUAGAUGCUACGCUUUCUGAAGAAGCCUCGGUGCCUUCGCAAUUCCUUGUGGCAUUUUCCUUCCCGCCGUCGUCACCUUCUAGGGUACAGGCGAUUCGGACAAUUGGGUCAGGAGAAUUGCAGCCUUCCCACAUUCAAACCCUUGUUCAAGAGGCAGAAAAAUAUGCUCGUCAGCUUCAUACCGCUCUGAAUGCAAAGCUGCGUGACGAAGAUAUCAGGAGACAUCAAAAGGCGAAGGUCAAAUUUGCCAAUCGUUAAAUCACAUUCGAAUAGACUAUUCCGUACUUGUAAAGCCCUCACGGAUUACUUUGUAUACUCACAAAUCACUGUAUUGUCUCUGCCAUUAGCGUUGCAUGCUCCCUCAACACCUUAUUCAAUCCCUCUCUUUUCAAGCAAUGUUCAAACUUGAAGCUCUGCGCGAGUUCGUCCAACUGCUCUUCACUCAUACCUCUGAAAUGCUCUGCCCAUUCCAGGACCAUAAAUUCGCUGAUCAACA